AUGCCCUGUCAUGAUGGCGCAAACAUAAGACUUGCCAGUGGCAAUGGUGUCUGCUCUGGUAGAGUGGAGGUUUAUCAUAAAGGACAGUGGGGAACAGUGUGUGAUGAUGGCUGGGACAUUAAUGAUGCUACAGUGGUGUGCAGACAGAUGGGAUGUGGAGAAGCUGUCAGUGCCCACAGCAGUGCUCAUUUUGGUGCAGGAAGUGGCCCGAUACAUUUAGAUAAUGUUGAUUGUUCUGGAAGUGAAAAAUCCAUCACAGACUGCAAUCAUAAUGGAUUUGGCACACAUGACUGUGGUCAUAGUCAAGAUGCUGGUGUAAUUUGUGCAGACAACAUCAGGCUGGUGCACGGGGGAGGUCGGUGUAGUGGUAGAGUGGAGAUCUACUAUAAUGGCCAGUGGGGAACAGUGUGUGAUGAUGACUGGGGCAUGGAAGAUGCAGAGGUGGUGUGCUCACAGAUGGCCUGUGGCAAAGCUACCAGUACCCACGACAACGCCCACUUUGGUCAGGGAAGUGGACCAAUAUUACUGGAUAAUGUUGGUUGUUCUGGAACUGAAAUCACCCUCACAAGUUGCUCUCACAGCGGUCUUGGAAUAAAUAACUGUAAUCAUGGGGAAGAUGCUGGAGUUGUCUGCUCAGAUGUCCUGCCGAGCCCCACACUCACCCUGAUCUCAUCCCACUCUGCUGUCUUACCUGGAGAGUCUGUUCAGUUCAAAUGUACUUUUCCCCGUCAAAACUACAUGUCUUUAAACUUCCGUUUAUAUAAAAAUGGAGUAUCAGUACAAACCCAAACAACUCAGUCUCCAGCAACAUUUACAUUGACUGUGGAUACCUCAGAUCAGGGACAGUACAGCUGUGACUGUUCAUACCAGAGAAGCAGCUCAUCCACUUCAUCCAGAAGCAGCACAGUUAACAUCACUGUCGUGACUCUACCCACUCCUCGCAUCUCUCUCAGUACCAACAAACAGGUCACAUGGGGAGAGAGAGUUGACAUCACCUGCUCUGUAGAAACUCAACACACAGGAGGAACCUUCAAUCUAAAAACAGGUUCUGGGUCUGUUACUCAGACAAAGAGUGGAACCUCUGUCACCUUCAGUUUUCCCAAAGUAGACUUUGCCAAUGCAGGGUCUUACUACUGCCAGUACCAGACACGAGUCUCCAGUCGAGAUUUCAGCUCUCCACAGAGCAGCUCUGUAGAUUUUACUGUUAUAGUGACUCUACCCACUCCACGCAUCUCUCUCAAUCCCACCAAAGAGAUCUCAUGGGGAGAGAGAGUUGACAUCACCUGCUCUGUAGAAACUCAGUUCAGAGAAGGAAGCUUCACGCUGACACAGAGUUCUGGGUCUUUAAGAGAGACCAAGAGUGGAACUCCUGUCACCUUCAGUUUCCUGAAAGUGGACUUUAUUCAUGAAGGUUCUUACUUCUGCCAGUAUAAGACACGAGUAUCCAGUCGUGAUUUCAGCUCUCCACAGAGCAGCUCUGUUAAAUUCUUGGUUGUGGUGAAUUUGCUGCAGCCUAAUAUUUCCUUCAGUGCUCCUGAUGGGGGGUCCCACUGGGGGCCCCAGGGGCUAGAGGUGACCAGGGGCUACAGCUUCUCCAUCAUCUGCUCUACUCAACCACAGUAUCCAGGAGGUUCCUUACACCUGGAGUUCAAUAAUGGAUCCAGUACCACCAGAAUCAAGUCCGCUGUGAACCACUCAGCCACCUUUGACUUUCAUGAGGCUGAUUAUGACCGUCAGGGAAACUACAGCUGUGUUUAUGAAGUAACCGUGUCUUUACGCCCUUUCAAUUCCUCUAGCCCUGAACUCUUGGCCAUCACUGUGAAAGCAUCGCUGGUUCCCUUCAUAAGUCUUGCAGCAGCAGCAGGACUGUUAUUUGUAUCAAUACCGAUCAUCAUUUUCUGCAUAAGGAAAUUUCAGAAGAAGCACAGUAACAGCUACGGUGUCAGAACUUUGGAGGAAAAUGAGAGGACUGAGAUUGAUGAAGAUGAUUAUGAAAAUGCAGCAAUAGCUCUGCAACAGAGAAAAGAUUCGGAUGAAUCUGGUGAAGACUAUGUGGAUAUAGAUGAUGAUUUGGAGAAAAGGCGAGUGGCCAAUAAUACAAAGUUUGCAGGUGCCAACAACACAAACCAGAUCAACUGCACGAGGAACGACUCGGAGGAUGAAGACGAUGAUUAUGAAAAUGCAGAGAAAGAAGGUUUAUUCGAUUCUGAUGAUGACUACAUCAAUGUAGCUGCUGAAGAGGAGGAGACAGAAAUUCAGUGUAUAGGAGCCAAAAACACAAACAAGACUACUUGCCUCAUGAAGAACACAGAGACAACUGUUCCAGAAAAAGAGGAUUCAGAUGAGACUGAUGAUGACUACAUCAACGUAGAUGAAACAGAAGCACAAAAUCAGUGUGCAGAUGCCAACUACACACAAGCGACUGCACACGAGGAGAGCGAUAUGGAAGAUGACGAUUAUGAAGAUCCAGAUGCUAAUAUUCAACAGAUUGUGGAUUCAGACUUCUCUGAUGAGGACUACAUCAAUGUUAACUAAACAGUGGUGACAGUCCACUCGACUGUUUCUUCAAACAUAUAAGGACACUAAGCUCAGAGAAGCUUCUGAUUGGAUUAGACACUCCUACCAUUUCUCUAAUUCAGUUUCUCUUCUGAAGACUGCUUUCAUGUUUUACCACUAAAUGAACUGAAUGAACAGCUAACUUAUUGUCAUGUGCAUGAAACCAGUCUGAGAGACUUUUGCUUUGGUCAUGAAUGCGCAUUGUCAGUAAUGAUACUUAUAGAUUUAAAGGGGACACACUGAAACACCUGGUUUAGCACCCGAACAUCCCUUUCAGACAGCUUCCUAUUGCAUCCACAGUUAAUCCUGUUGGAUGUGGUUCGUAAUUCUUGGUAUGCUGACAUAAUGUUGUGUGCAUUGCAAUAUUUUGAGCAAAACUGGGCUCUUACCCUGCUAAUUGAACAUUCACACUCUUACUGCUCUUACUGGUGCAAUGUGUAAUUAAUGAAGAUUGGCCACCAGGCUGCUCCAAUUUAGCCAUGAAACCUCCCACACUAAAAUGACAGGUGUUUUAGUUUCAUUGUCCAACCCAUGUAUUAAAUCUCUUUUUUUACAUAAGUUAGAAUAGAUCUAUGAGCUAUAUAAAACAUAUUCAUGAAGUUCUUUGCACAAAAUCACUCUCAUUCUUGCCAGUUUCAGUCCCUAUCUGAAUGAGACGUUUAAGGGCUCUGUCAUGUUAUGCAAAUAAGCUGUUGCAAGCCAUAUAAUGUAUAUGCUUAGCAAUAUGCUCAGCAAUUACCAUGUGUUAGUGUUAGCUUCGGCUAAAUGGCAAAACAUGAACAAGUUAGUUCAUUUCUAACUGUGAUAGAAACACAAAACUCAUUAUUUGAAAGUACUUACAUCACCCACAUCUGCUGACAUGCCACAGACAGCAGGUACAGAUCCCCCCUCAGACGAAGUCUGUUGACUAAUCCUGCUGUGUAUUGUCUGAGGUCUUCAACCAAAAUAUCCAAAAAAUGGUAAUAUUCAACUGAUCUAGUGGGUGGGGCUUUGGUGGGGGUUGAUGGGUGAGGUGAGGUUGAUUCUAUCCAUGUUUCCAAACAGCUCACAAAAGAAUAUGAUUCCCGACACCAAACUCUUUCAACGGAUUCACAAAAAAUGGAUGGAAGUUUUUUUUUUCCAUAGGGGCAGUCGAUACCCAAGUGGAAAUACAAAAGCACCCAAAAACCUUUUGUUUUAAACAAUAACAUUUUAAGAUAGUGUAACUCUGUAUUUGAGAAAGGUUCAAAUGUGCUUGAGAAAGGUUUGUGACAAUAAUUUCCUGGCCAUGUGGUUCUAUCAGCUUUUUAAUGAAUGAUGGUUCUUGAUGCAGAGUCGUCUGAGGGAUGUAUGCUUGUGCCCUUAUCCUUUACACACUGAAUUAUUAUUAUUUAUAUCAGAUUUUUUUUUAGUAUUCAUGGUUUAUUGAAGAAAUAUGCAAAUUAUAUCCAGUCUUUGUUGUUUUUAAACAUUUCAACAAUUGUGUCAUUCAUUUGUUACAAAGUGGAAAUCCUCUGCUUGUCUUUGCUCCUCAAGGAAUUAAUUAGCCUUGGAUAUUGAAAGUACUGUAUACUGCUUUUGCACAAAAACAUGAAUCACCUGCUGACAUAACCUGAGUCUUCAUCCACACAAAAAUAUGUAAGGCACACCAAAAAAAAACAGUUUGAAAUAUUUCUGAAACUACUUUUACAAAUUUAGACAUCAAAAAUACAUUAGUCUUGACCAGUACGGUCAGCUAACCUUCCAGGCACCUAGCAAAAUAAAACAAAAGAAAAAAUCAGGGAAGCUAAAUGCAAAGAAGUAGCUUGCUGUACCAGGGCUGACCACAAGGGAUGGCAGUUUUGUUUUCCUAGCAAAAAAAAAAAUUAAAUAUCCUUUCCUGAGUUAUUUUUAUUUUCUAGGUCCCUUGAAAGGUAAAGGCCAAUUAAUACUUCUGCGUCAAAUUUACGCAGUAGCCUGUGCGUAUGCUGUGCAUAUCUGCGUACUCAGUGCCGUAACCUGAUGCACACCUCCCCUGAAAUGUAACCACAUGUUGGGCGACAUGAACAGCAGCAGCUGUGAUUGGUUUGCCAAGCCUUGUGUUUCCACCUACACCUUCACAAACACAGUCGUGGAAGCAUGAAAUGCAGAAGUACGUAGACCUAGGACACUAAGGCUACGCCAUGGGCAACAUGUUGACUCAAGGCAGAAAAAUAAAGAAGCCUUAAGAGAGAAAAAAUUGUCACCCCUUGUGGUCAACCCUGGUACAGCAAGCUAUGUCUAAGCAUUUAGCUUCCUUGAUUUGGUAAAAAAAAAAAAAUACAAAUCUUCUGCCCCUGCUGGUCAAGUCUGGUGUACCGUUCUAGGUGUUAACCAACAACUUUUUUCCAUGUGUCCACUUCUAGUGCACCUAAGUAGUAGAAACAGAAAAAGGUUUUUGCUGGUUACAUUUGUAUAUGCAGAAAAAAAGAUAUAUAAAGAUGUAUGUUUGUUUUUCCAUCUUACCCUUCAGAGCCUCUGUACCGAUCCCUUGUCCCCUGUCCCAACUUGUUCUGAAACGUAUUGUAUCAAAUAAAAGCCAAAGCAACAAAACACUGCA